UGAGCCUGCAGAUCCCGAAACCGGCUGGUGUUCAAGACAGUCAUUUCCUCAGGAUCCCUGUGCACGAUUCUCCGAGCGAAAAGCUUCUGCCUCAUUUCCUUCAAGCCUUCGAAUUUCUUGAUAUGGUGCAAGAAGUGGGAGGCAACGUGCUGGUGCACUGCUUUGCAGGCAUCUCCAGAUCUCCAACCCUCGUUAUUGGCUAUGUCAUGGACAGACUCCACUUGUCUUCUGAAGAGGCCUUCAGAUAUGUGAAAUCCAAGAGAGCCGUUGUUGCGCCGAAUUUCAACUUCUUGGGGCAGCUCUUGGAGUACGACCAGUAUUUGAAAACCCGGCUGAAAACGAAUCUUCACAAAGUUCACACUGCACCAGCGACAUCUGCCCCGUUGGAGUUUUCCUGGGAGAUAACCACUAGCUCGCCAAAGCAGUCUCCGUCAUCAGCGACACCUGGUCCUAAAUUCUACCUCCGGAGCCCAUCUCUGGCCAAAAGUCCCAAUCUUGGCUGA